AAAAAAUUUUGAAGAAAAACCUCAAAGAACUUGAGCUGAGUGAUGCAAAUGUUCAGUACGUCAGGAUCUUGCUGACUGGACAAAUUGGAGCAGGAAAGUCCAGCUUCAUCAACACAGUCAAUAGUGCUUUUCAAGGAAGAAUCACAUCAGAAGCCCUUGCUGAUGCUGAUACUGGUACAAGUUUUACAAAAACAUACAGAACUUAUUACAUAAGAGAUGGAGAAUCAGCCCUGCCUUUUGUCUUCAAUGACAUCAUGGGCUUAGAAGCCGGAGAAUCACAUGGUGCACAUCAAGAAGACAUCGCCAAAUGCCUUGAGGGUCUCCUUAAGGAAGGACACAAUUUUAAUCCAGUUAUUUCUUCUAAAAAAGAGGACUGCAGAAGUAAAACAAGCACUGAGGAUCUGACAUACUGUCUGGUCUACGUCAUAGCAGCCGACAAGGUGUCAAUGAUGGAGAAAUCAGUCAUUCAAAAGAUGAGAUAUAUUAGACAGAAGGCCAGUGAUCUGGAAAUUCCUCAGGCAAUCAUCAUGACGAAGGUGGAUGAAAUAUGCCCACUAGUCAGAAAAGAUCUAAGAAAAAUCUACACUAGCAAGAAGAUAAAAGAGAAGAUGCAGCAGUGCUCUAAUUCGGUUGGUGUCCCUAUGAGCCACAUCUUCCCUGUGAAAAACUACCAUGAGGAAAUCGAUACAAAUGAUGACAUGGAUGUACUGAUCCUGAGGGCUCUCACACAGAUUGUGCAAAUAGCAGAUGAUCUACUAAAGAGAAGAAAAUAUGAUUUGGAAAAAGGAAAAACUGCAUCUUAUUCAGUAGAGAAAUCAUAGGCAAUGUAGGAACAUGUGUUAACGCAUUUUCAUUCUUCUCAUAACAGUAGCUUUAUACACGAGGCUCAGUUUCCUCCUAUGUUUCUGUUAAGAACUGAUAAACCAAGCCAAUGAUUAAGCAGAUAUAAAUGAAACGCUAAAA